AAUUAUCAAACAUCAGCGGUGUACGCGUUCGGUCGCGCACGGUUGUACGAUUAACCGCGUUUUCGUUCCGUGAACUGUUUCAAGUGCGAGCCCGUCCAUUCACGACGUUGAAAAACCCUUUCAGCACGGCCAUGUUUGUCGAGACGAGCGUUUCUUGUGCGAAAUUCGCGUCAUUCGUUAUCGAGCACGUCGCGUUCCGUCUACUGCACGGUCGUUUCGUCCUUCGUUUCCUAUCCACAGACGUUAAGCAUCGUGGGGACACGAGGUUAAUCAUGCCGCCAAGAACAGGAUACGAUAUCCUUCGGAAACGAUUUCUGCGCGACAGAAGUAUAGACAUAGGAAGGACUGGCAAUGGAUCAAUUGGGAGAAGGGCAGGCAGUUGUCGUUGGCAGUGCCGGCGGAACUGUUCAGGUUGUUCAAAUGGGACAAGGUGGUCAAGCGAUGAUGUUGCCACAAGCCAUACAAGUAGCUGCACCUAAUGGACAAAUACAAGUUGUACCAGUGUCUAGUUUAACUAGUACAGGUCAACAGAUCGUGAUACAACAACCGCAGACACCACAAAUCAUCCAAACUCCGGAUGGACAAACAUACAUUUAUCAACCAGUUCAAUUAGAGGGCCAAGUUCAACAAGCCCAACCUACAGUGAUUAAUCUCAAUGGAAAUCUUAUGCAAAUUGCUGGAACAACAUCGCAGACGACAACCACUGCUGCAGCCACAACACCGGUCCAACCUUUGGCAAGUCCUACUGCAGCAGCAUCUCAGGCAGGAAACGUUGUCAUGAUGGUACCUGGUAAUAGUGGGCAGACACAAUUUCAAAGAGUAGCAUUACCUAAUGCCGAAGUUUUUGAAGAAGAACCUUUAUAUGUAAAUGCUAAACAAUAUAGACGUAUAUUAAAACGUCGACAGGCCCGUGCUAAAUUAGAAGCUGAAGGAAAAAUACCUAAGGAAAGACCGAAAUAUCUCCACGAGUCUCGCCAUCGACACGCAAUGAACAGAAUUCGUGGCGAAGGUGGUCGUUUUCAUUCUGGUCAAGUAAAGAAGCGGAAUAGAACAAAUGAAAACUCCAUGAUUACCCAGCACAUCUCAACUUCGACCAGCACCAAUACCGUUCGUACUAUAGCAAUAGCAGCAGCAAACGUAGGAGUACAGUAUCAUGACACAGAUAAUAUGGCCUCUACCAUUGUUAUCGAAAAACCAGGUAUACCUCUUCAGGAUAUGAUCUCUGAAGAUGACAUUGUUACCUCGAACAAUCGCUUAAUGUAAAUAAAUACUUAAAUACGAUGAGCGCCGGUAAUAUAAAUGAAAAAGGAAAGUGUGUCAAUGAUCAAAUCCUACUUAUAUUUGCGCCAGUCUUCAAAGGACAUUUUGUAAAUAAUACUCUCUGAUAGGAGAUGUAGUGUAAGCAGUUGUUGAGGAUAAGAAACUGCGAAGUGUAUAUCAAAGAUGUAUAUAAUAUGUUUGUAAAAGUGUUGGUCAUAUAUUUUUUUAGCUUUUCUUUGUAUGUAGCCUAACACUUACUGAUAAUAUUAUUGCAUAGUAUUAUGUCGCGGUGCAACGGAAAA